CUCUCUCUCUCUCUCUCUCUCUCUCUUAAACAUUAAAAAGAGAGCAACCAUUUGCUUUACUCUCUCAUGGCUCCGGCUUUGAAAAAGGUUGACAAAAUCCGGCAAAUAGUGAGGCUAAAGCAGAUGCUCAAGAAAUGGCAAACCAUGAGCCUAAACCCCAAAAGAUCAGCCGCUACUCGGUCGGAAUCAGAUUCUAGCGAGUUUUCCGGCGAAAAGUGCCGGAUUCCGGCAGGCUACUUGGCUGUAUACGUUGGUCUAGAGAGGCAGCGAUUUGUCAUUCCGGCCAAAUACAUUAACCUGCCAGUUUUCCGCCCCAUCUUACAGAGAGCUGCUGAAGAAUACGGCUUUCACUUCAAUGGCGGUCUGGUGUUUCCAUGUGAGGUGGGUUUUUUCAAGCAGUUGUUAUUGAUUUUGGAGAAAAGCGAGCGGAAAAUCGAGAAUCUCAGUCUCGAUGAAGCUCUGAACCUCUGUAACGAAAUGGGUUCUGAUGUGCUUUGUAAGACGAAUAGGACUGGUCCUGAAUUCUGCCCUUUGUUGCAGAAAGCUAGGGUUUAAUGGCGGUUUUUUAGCCUUUUUUUCCAGGGAUUUUGAUGGGUUUUUUCUUCUGGUUUUUUUUGGGGGUGGGUUUUGAUUUGUAAAGAGGGGAAGAGAUUAGCUGAUCAUCCAUGAAUUCGUAGUUUAUUAGGAUUCAAUGAGAUGUAAUUUUUCUUUUUCUUUUUUCUAGAUUUUUUUCUUCCUUGUUUUUAGAUUUUUUAUUUCUAACUUAGAGCUUGGGCUCUGCAAUAUGUAAGGCUGGUAACUUCAAUGGAAUGACUCUUGAUACCAA